AUGUUUACUAAUCAUCAUCAUCAUCAUCAUCAUCAUCAUCAUCAUCAUCAUCAUCAUCAUCAUCAUCAUCAUCAUCAUCAUCAUCAUCAUCAUCAUCAUCAUCAUCAUCAUCAUCAUCAUCAUCAUCAUCAUCAUCAUCAUCAUCAUCAUCAUCAUCAUCAUCAUCAUCAUCAUCAUCAUCAUCAUCAUCAUCAUCAUCAUCAUCAUCAUCAUCAUCAUCAUCAUCAUCAUCAUCAUCAUCAUCAUCAUCAUCAUCAUCAUCAUCAUCAUCAUCAUCAUCAUCAUCAUCAUCAUCAUCAUCAUCAUCAUCAUCAUCAUCAUCAUCAUCAUCAUCAUCAUUUGAUUAUUUUAAUGAAGAAAUAA